AUGGCAGGCUCACAGCCUCAAUCAUCGUCGGCACCGGUGGGAGAAACGGUUCCACCACCUGUCAUGCCAAAUACAAGAGAAAUGCCACAAACACCCGCUGACUGGGUUUCUUAUGUUCAGCAAUUGAACAACCAGCAUAAUUUGGCCAUGCAGAAUAUGUUGCACGAGCAACAAAUGUUGCGCGAACAACAAAAUCUUAUGCAAAAUACGCUAAAUCAGGCGUUAUCAAGGGUUACUUUGCAACCCAUCCAAACGCCACCAGAACUAUCACCAUCCAGGUUACAGGCAAAUUUUGCGGGGCCUUCAUAUGUGGACAGCACUUUUCCAAGUGUUACCGCCCCAAGGGUUGACAGAGGGAAGACUCCUCUUACAUACCCGAAUAAUAUUCCGUUGGGUGGUAGGACCGAGCCUACCGAUCUCAGAGGGGACAGAUUGGGAGGCCAGGCUCACAAUCCUAUUCAGGUAUUGGAUCCUGUCCUACCCAGAGUAGACCCAGAGGACAUUGCUCAGGUUUUAAGGGUACAUUUUGGAAUGAACCCCCAGACGGUCAACAGACCUGCGUACCAAAGACCAUUUCCAGAAAGAAUCAUCAACGAACAUCCGCUUCCAAGGAAUUACAGACCACCCGAUUUUCAUUCGUUUUCUGGAGAGGAUGGGGCAUCAACUAUAGAACAUAUGGGACGUUUCACGGCCCAAUUAGGAGAAGUAGGCAAUAAUUCUUUCUAUAAACUACAAUUGUUCGGGUUAUCACUCACAAGGACCGCGUUUUCAUGGUUUGCAAAUUUGCCACCCGGGCAGUUGCAAACCUGGGAAAGCCUGGAGGCAGCAUUCCAUGCAAGAUUUUUUAAUCCUCUCCCGACAGUCUCACUCACAGAUCUUUUAGAGAUCAGACAGAUGCCAUAA